AAGUUUAUUCGUUUGUGGAACGCUUUUGCGGCCAGGCGGUUUCAAACACGCGGCGAAGUGGCCAGUACCAGCUUAUGUUAAGUUUCAAAAAUGGAAUCGAAAUUAAAAAGUUUUAAAGACGCGCUUACAUUGCAAGAGUGUGAAAAGACGACUUUGUCUACACCGUUCUCUAUAAAUGAUAUUUUGACGAAGGAGAACGAGGCGAAAUGUGAUUUUGAAAAUGGAACAUUUUGCCAGGACGCCGGUUUUGGCGCUAAAAUGAGUUUUUUCGGGAAAGGCACAGGGUGUUACAGCCAGGAAGCAUUUCCGAAGAGUGUUUUGGAAAAAGACAUGAAGUUUUAUGAAGAUUGUAGCAGAUACAGAACGGUCGACGAUGGCGCUUUGGACAUGUCCAGGAAGAGCUACUAUCCAGUUACAGAACUUUCAGAUGACUACGACUCUCGGUCCUCGAACACGGCGUCUCCAACGCACAGGAACUCCUCUCCUGCCUCAGACCUGGCGUACAAGCCCUUCAGCCUCUCCCACUACGAACGCAAGUGCCCCUCACCGACCACAGACAGCCCUUCUAGAACCAUCCACUCCCCGCCCUACACCUCCAUCACAGAAUACUCACAGAACAGCGGCCGAAAGAAACGAUCCAGAGCGGCAUUCUCACACGCUCAAGUGUAUGAACUAGAGAGAAGAUUCAGCCAACAGAGGUACCUGUCAGGGCCUGAGCGCGCAGACCUCGCUGCGAGCCUCAAACUCACGGAGACGCAAGUCAAGAUAUGGUUCCAGAAUCGACGGUACAAAACUAAACGGAAGCAGUUACAAAUGCAAGAGAAUGGGAUGUUGGCGGCGGCGGCGGCGGCCGCGGCAGCCAAUCACCACGCUCGGAAGGUAGCUGUCAAAGUGCUUGUCAACAACAACGGACAAGCCAUCCCGGAACUGUCAAAAGCGUACCCGUCACAGAUUAACAAAAGCCUGAACCCGGGAUUGUUUGCACCGAAUCUUCUCGAAGGAUCGCCGAUUCUGAAGCAUUUCGCUGGAGUUUACGGCGUCGAUUUCACGAAAAACCCCGAGUACAAGACGUUGCUUCAGGAAUCGUACAACCAGGCUAUUCUGCAGUCGAUUUAUGGACAACAUUUGGGCAUGAAUUACCCGAAUCUGCCGCUUCAGUACAUGUACUACGGACAUCCUAGCUUCGGCAUUCCCCUGCCAUGCGACGGGGACAGAAAUACUGAAGUGAAAAGUGAAAAACCAGAAAGAUCAAAGAGUGAAUUUGAUGAGAAAAGAGGCGGUGAAAAAGUGAACAAACCUCGUUUGGACUUCAAUGAGAACAGUAAUUCUAGUGUAGCCAGUAUAGAAAUAGAAAAUUAAAAACUUGUAUUUUAAUUUUGGAACACCAAAAAUUUAGUUAACGUAGCCAAAGAUUAAGAACACUAGUAGAAUAGAGAAUUUAUUUAUGUUUAUAAUGUUAGUAGUAAAGUUGUUGUAAAUAGAUACUUACACAGUUGAUCUAUAUCUAAGGUUUACAAUGCUAAUGUACUUAAUUAGUUUUCGCACGUAUUGUAAAUAGAUAUCCAGAAUAAUAAAAGUGCAA